AUGGCCGAUAAAUGCGUUGCCUCAGACCACCAUCCUUGUGGGUGGAGGCUCGACGCACCCGGACGGUAUUCCCGAGAGCAAGAUACCAGAGAAAAGCUCGUUCUGCGUCAGGUCUAUGGCAUCCCGGGCAAAAUCAAUUACUACAUGAUAUUUGCUAUCCAGCUUCGGUACUCUUUGUCAGAUGCCGACGCCGAGUCUAGAGCUCGGCAAGCUUGGAUCGCCUUACGCUGUGCGCAGCCCUCCAUAGCCGCCACUGCCAUAGGCAGUCGCAUGGAAUACUCCAUUAUUCAGCCAGAAAGUUCGGAUGUUUGGGUAUCAAACACAUUCUCCGUUCACCACACAGAAGAUUCAGCUAUAUCCUUAUCACGGAAAAUACAACCUAACUCCGACGUCCGUCUACACUUCCUACCUGGCACCAAGGAACUACUCCUCUGUGCAUCGCACGAGCACGCCGAUGCUCACGGGAUGUUGAUGUUAUUGGAUGCACUUUGCGAGUACAUGGCAUUCCCAUCCGCACCAAAGUUCGACACGCAAUCAGACCGGCUGUCACCCCCACUGGAAGUUGCAGCGGAUAUUGGAAAGGCAUCACCUCGGAUAAAACAAUGGACUGCGCAGAUUCUGCGUGAAUGGAAGGCUAGAUCUGCUCAUCCGUUGUGCAUAUCCGCAGACCGUUCUGGACCUGGGGUCGGCGAGGUUGGCACUAUCCGACUUACACUGACAAGCAAGGAGUCUUUGGCUGUGUUCACAUCCGCCAAGACCAGCAAUGUUUCCGUCAAUGACCUGAUGACAGGGGCCACCGUCAUGACUGCAAAGAUGCUCGCUGGCAACGUUCACGGCAAUUGGCUAGGAGGUGUUACUUUUGAUGCCAGGAGCAACUGCAUGACCGACUCCGGUUCUCAACAACACGCAGCCACAAUCUACUUCGUCGCGUGCCCGGCAUAUGUCCGCAAUCCAUCGUCACUUCUGGAUGCAGCGAGGCAGAUUCAGGAACAACGUCAACACUUCCAGAUGGAGCUAAAGUCCAACAGCAACAGUCUCAACAACUUGCUAGCUCUCAAGUAG